GGUUCAUCUAUAUUUCUGUUUGUGUGUCAGCAAGCGAGAGCAAUGAACUUGUUUACAAAAGGCACAGAAACUGAAAGUAAAGAAACACAAUCUGUACUCAAAGCUUCCCCGGUGACUGACAGAUAAGACAAAGCUACUGACUUGGUAAAUACGCCAGAAACGCAGCGCACAGCGCAAGUGGAAGUGGAAACGUUAAGGCUCUGAGGUAUCCGUACAUGAAUGACUACCCUCAUCUCUCUGUCACAGAAGCGAAACCAGCUGUUCUCUCUUUCGUAAGCAAAUUUAUUCGCAAAAUGGUUUCACAGUCAACAAAGUCUGAAACAUCUGUCAAAGAUGUAGAAAGAUACCAAAAACAAGCAACGGCACGUGAUGGCGGUUGGGGGUGGGUCGUGUGUUUUGCCGCAGCCUCCAUCUGUUUCAUAGUGGUUUGUUUGUCAAAUUCUGUUGGAAUAUUGCUUAUUGGCCUCAGAAGAGUUUUUGAUGACCCGGUUUCGAAGUUAUCAUUGAUUGGAGCUCUACUCGUCGGACUGAGCAUGCUGGCAGCUCCAGUUGCCAGUAUAUUGUUGAACUACUUCAAUCAUCGGACAGUUCUGAUAUUUGCAGGUCUUCUUGGGUUUACGGGUGCCGUAUUAGGAGCAUUUUCUACAAAUAUUGAUAUGUUGAUAGUUACAUAUGGUUUUAUGUCAGGUGUAUCCCUUGGAAUAUCUUAUUUCACCUGCCAGAUUAUCACAGGACUCUACUUUGAUAAGAAACGUGCCACAGCAAUAGGAAUUACCAAUUGCGGGGGCGGAUUAGGUACAAUGACGGCAGGCAUAUUUGUUGACUAUCUCUUAGACUUUUACGGACUGAGAGGCACCUUGCUCAUCAUAUCCGGUUUGCUUCUGAAUGUCAUUGUUUUUGGGGCGCUCUGCCGACCUUUGAAGAAUCCCUUCAAAGAUGGUGCGAAGGCAGAAUAUACACAUGGGACAAGUCCCCAUUCUGCGAGGAACGCUGUUGAGAAGAAGCUACCGAAGGAGACAAAUGGUGAAAUCAUUGACAAUGAGAAUACGAAAAGUCUUUUGGCAGCUGAAGAAAAUGGUAUGAAGAACGAAUCGAUUCCAGAGAAACAGAAAAUCGACGGAAGUUUAAUCCUGAAGCGAUGUUUUGAAAUAAUUGGCGUGGAACUUUUUAAAAAUGCUAACUUUAUGUUGCUGGUUACAUGCUACGUUCUCUUUGCGUAUACGGUAAUAAUGACGACUUAUAUACCCCCGAUGUGUGUUUGGUCGUUUGGAAUGAGCCAAAGGAAGUCAGCAAUUUUGGUUACGCUUCAUGGAUUAUUCGCAAUAGUUGGGGAACUGUCAUUCGGUGUUUUCAUGGAUCUGCUUCAUUUUACAAGCGCCAAAAUUUUCAUCUUCGCUCUGUUGUUACUCUCCUCCAGUGCCUUUUUGAUGCCGCACUGCGAUCAAUUUGAAUACAUCGCUCCUCUGGUUUGCAUGGUUGGAUUAUCAAUUGGGCUUAUCGUAUCCCUCCGACUCAUCCUCACCACAGAAAUAGCGAGUAAAGAACACGCGACAAAAGCUUACAGCAUUCUGAGUUUCAUCAGUGGAAUUUCAUAUUUUACUUCUUCUCCUCUCAUUGGAUCGAUUUUCGAUACCACGAAAUCGUUUUUGAUUGUUUUCUACGGAGGUGGAGUCUGCGCACUGAUUGCAAUAAUAUUAUUUCUGUUCAUUACCUACCGUGAUAGAUGUUGCAAAAAAUGUCUACAAAAAAAGUCUACAGGAAUAAACUCUAGUCCCUAACGUUUUGUUACUGCUGUGAUAAUUCAUAACAUUCCUGUUAUAACUUACGAUUUAUAA